UGAACACGGCCAAUGUUAUAGUUGUUUGUUUUUUUUUUUGUAUCUACAAAAACGCCGAAAAAAAACAAAAAAAAAUAAAAAUGAGAUGUUCCAUUAAAGGAUGCGAUUCGCACAAACUAAAACAAUAUGUGUCCAUUCACCGCCUACUUCGUAAAGGCAAAAUCAGAGAAGACUGGAGACAUGCCAUUGAAUCUCUCAAUGGCCAGAUGAUUGAUAUAAACAAACUCCGUCGGUUUGUCAUUUGUGAUGUACACUUUGAAAAGAAAUUCAUCCUAAGGCUUGGGACAAGGAUGGGUUUGAAAGAGGAUGCAGUUCCAAGUAUUUUUCCUAAAAUGCAGGAACAAAAUUAUGAACCACCAAUUGAUAUAGUUCAAGUCGAUCCAACUGAUAUCAUCGAAGAAGAACCCAUUAUCGAAGAAGAACCCAUUAUCGAAGAAGAACCCAUUAUCGAAGAAGAACCCAUUAUCGAAGAAGAACCCAUUAUCGAAGAAGAACCCAUUAUCGAAGAAGAACCCAUUAUCGAAGAAGAACCCAUUAUCGAAAAAGAACCCAUCAUCGAGAUCGACUCGCAACAACAACCUGCCAAUGACGUUGAAGAAAGGUAUAGCGACAUAAUCUUGUAUUCCCCACAAAAUUCGCCCCCUGCACCGGAAGAUGUAACAUCAAGUCCACAUAAAGCUACGUUGGCUGAAAACAUAAAACCUACUUGGAGCCCUGAACGGAAGUUUGAGGUCGAGACAGCCAGUCUCACAACAGUAAAAAGAAAAUGUUUAUUCUACAAGGAUUUGUAUGCGAAGAAAAAUAAUAUACUAAAGGUAUCAAGACGAAAGUUAGUGAGAAAAGAGAACAGAAUUAAGUUUCUGCAAUCUAUGCUUAAUGAUCUUAAAAACAACAAAACCCCAGAUGAUUUACCAAAAUACUUAAAAUUAAAUUUUAAUACAACUUGAAAU